AUGGCUGUCGGGACAGUAUCCAGCCGUCGUAAAUACAGCGAGGACGGCUGCAUGGCUGGACGCUCUCCGGCAGCCCUUGUGGGCUGUGUUGUUUUCAACCUGGUGACCGUUUAUGACGAAUCAGGCAAAACUGGCUUUUCCCCCCCAGUAACAGGUGUGGGUUUGGUGGAAUCUGUUUUAUUUCAAGCUUCAGAAACUGUCCUGUGGCCCAGGCAGAUAGUGUCGUCGGUUGGCCUGUGUCGUUACGGUGGGAGGAUCGACUGCUGCUGGGGCUGGGCUCGCCAGUCCUGGGGACAGUGUCAGCCUUUCUACGUCUUAAGGCAGAGAAUAGCCAGGAUAAGGUGCCAGCUCAAAGCUAUAUGCCAAGCGCGGUGCAAACACGGCGAUUGUAUCGGGCCAAAUAAGUGCAAAUGUCAUCCUGGCUAUGCUGGAAAAACCUGCAAUCAAGACGAACACUUCUCCCCACCUCCUCUUCACCGAGGCAGUGAACAGUCUCUGUUCCAGCCCCCGGAUCAGCAAGCCACAAGUUUACCUUCAAGGGAUCUAAACGAGUGUGGCCUGAAGCCGCGGCCCUGCAAGCACAGGUGCGUGAACACGCACGGCAGCUACAAGUGCUUCUGCCUCAACGGGCACAUGCUCCUGCCGGACGGCUCCUGCUCAGGUGCCCUGACGUGCGCCAUGGCGAACUGCCAGUACGGCUGCGACGCCGCCAAGGGACAGGUUCGCUGCCAGUGCCCGUCUCCUGGCCUGCAGCUGGCGCCUGACGGCAGGACCUGCGUGGACGUCGACGAAUGCGCCACGGGAAGAGCCUCCUGCCCCCGAUUCAGGCAGUGCGUCAACACCUUCGGGAGCUACGUCUGCAAGUGCCCCAAAGGCUUCGACCUCACGUACAUCGGCGGCAAAUACCAGUGUCAUGACGUAGACGAAUGCGCCCUGGGCCGGCACCAAUGCAGCCGCUCUGCGCGGUGCUACAACGUGCACGGCGCCUACACGUGCAAAUGCAAGGACGGGUACCAGGGCGACGGCCUGAGAUGCACGUAUAUCCCAAAAGUCAUGAUCGAACCUUCAGGUCCAGUUCAUGUACCAAAGGGAAACGGUACCAUUUUAAACGGGGACGGAGGACAUAACAAUCGGAUUCCUGACGUUGGGAGUACCAGGGGGCCGCUGAGGACACCGUAUACUCCCGCCGUCGUUACCGACAGACCCACCCCCAAGCCAGCACCCUCGCCCACUCCACCGCCGCCGCCGCCCCUGCCGACAGAGCUCGGGACACCUCCGCCAGCAGCGACCCCAGAAAGGCCGAGCGCCAGACCGACAACUCCAACUCCGGCUCCGGCUGCCAGCCCGUCUCCCCGAGGGGCGACAGUUGACAACAGGGUUCAGACGGAUCCCCCGAAACCCAGAGGAGAUGUGUUCAUUCCGCGGCAGCCUUCAAAUGAUCUGCUUGAAAUGUUCGAAAUAGAAAGAGGAGUCAGUGCAGAAGAAGAAGCAAAGGACGAUCCAGGUGUCCUGAUACACAGCUGUAAUUUCGACAGCGGACUUUGCGGAUGGAUCAGGGAAAAGGACAGCGACUCACACUGGGAACCAGUCAGGGACCCGGCAGGCGGACAGUACCUGACCGUCUCGGCUGCCAAAGCCCCGGGGGGAAGAGCCGCGCGCCUGGUGCUACCCCUCGGCCACCUGCUGCGCUCGGGGGACCUGUGCCUGUCCUUCAGGCACCGGGUGACCGGGCCGCACGCCGGCACGCUGCAGGUGUCCGUGCGGAGACACGGGGCCCACGGCGCGGCCCUGUGGGGGCGAAGCGGCGGCCGCGGCUGGAGGCAGACGCAGCUCACCCUGCGAGGGCCCGAGGCCAAGAGCGUCAUCUUCAAAGGCGAAAAGAGGCGCGGUCACGCCGGGGACAUCGGCCUGGACGACGUGAGCUUGAAGAGAGGCCGCUGCUCUGAAGAGCGCCACCAAGUCCCAAACGCGCAGUGAACGCCUCUACGGCCCCCUCUUCUUCCAGUCCCCAUCUUCUCGCGUCUUCUCCCCUCAUCAGGCCUAGGCGAAGAGCGGGU